CCAAAGAGAUUGGAGACAGAGACAGGCACAGGCUGAAGACUGCUGGAUCUGGAUCUGAGGUUCUGAGGUUCUGAGGUGGUUCUUGUUCUGGGGUUCUGGAUCAUGGUGGACCCGACGUCUAAACCAGCUGCUGUUCUGCUGCUGUUCCUGCUGCACAUCUGUGCAGCUAACCACGUUUUUCUCAACAGCCAGUUGGCGUCACAGGUUCUGGUGCGGAACCGACGGGCCAACCAGUUAUUUGAGGAGAUGAAACCAGGGAACCUGGAGAGGGAGUGCGUGGAGGAAAUCUGCGACCACGAAGAAGCCCGAGAGGUUUUCGAGCAGCCCGAUAAAACCGAAACCUUCUGGAAGAAAUACCUGGACUGUCAAGGAACUCAGCUGACGAGAACAGAGCAGACCAUCUUCCUGGUGAGACAGUGUAUAGAAGGUCAAUGUGUCUCUGGUCAGGGAUUCAACUACCAGGGAGACGUCAACAUCACCAAAUCAGGACGACCAUGUCAACACUGGAGAUACAGCUUCCCCCAUCCCAUCAGCAGGGAGUUCAACGUUUCUGAGCCCGGCAGCAUCCUGAAGGAGAACUUCUGCAGGAACCCUGACGCCCGCUCAGACGGACCCUGGUGCUUCACCCAAGACCCCACGGUCCAGAAAGAGUCCUGCAGGGUCCCCAGAUGUGGUGAGGACUUUGUCCCCCCCACCUUGGCCCCCAAACCGGUCCAAACCGGAACCUGUUUGCCCAGUUAUGGCAUAGACUACGUCGGGGACCUCAGCGUUACCUUAGGGGGACACACCUGUCUAGAGUGGACGUCUCCAGAGGCGACGUCUCUCAGUGCAGACAAGGAGUUCAUCCCUGAGGUUUCUCUGCAGGCCAACAAGUGCAGGAACCCGGACAACGACCCCGAGGGCCCCUGGUGCUACGUACACGUCUCUGGGAACAUCACCGUGGACUACUGUGACCUGGAGCUGUGUGAUGACCCUGUGGUUGGUGGACAGGAGACGACGGAGACAGAGGGCAUGGAGCGCUCCGUCCUGGGUCCAGCUAAAAAAAUGUUUUUCAGCCCUCGUACCUUUGGACAAGGAGAGAGUGAUUGUGGACAGCGUCCCCUGUUUGAAAAGGUGGGCAAGAAAGACUCGAAGGAGGACGAGCUGGUGGACUCAUACAGGGAGAAACGUAUCGUCGGGGGCGACGAUGCCGAAGUGGCUUCAGCACCAUGGCAGGUGAUGUUGUACAAGCGAAGGCCCCAGGAGCUGCUGUGUGGAGCCAGUCUGGUCAGUGAUCAGUGGAUCGUCACGGCGGCUCACUGCAUCCUCUACCCGCCCUGGAACAAGAACUUCACCGCCGACGACAUCCUGGUCCGCCUGGGGAAACACUACCGAGCCAAGUUUGAACGCGGCACAGAGAAGAUCGUAGCCAUUGACGAGAUCAUCGUGCACCCGAAGUACAACUGGAAGGAGAAUCUGAACCGUGACAUCGCUCUGCUGCACAUGAGACGGCCAAUCGAGUUCUCCGAUGAGAUCCACCCGGUCUGCCUGCCCAGCAAGAAGGUCGCCAGGACGCUGAUGUCCGAGGGUUUUAAGGGCAGAGUGACCGGCUGGGGGAACCUGAAGGAAACCUGGAACCCUGCACAGAGAAACCUCCCCACCGUCCUCCAGCAAAUCCACCUACCAAUCGUGGAACAGGACACCUGCCGCGCAUCCACAUCUGUCAGGAUCACUGAUAACAUGUUCUGUGCCGGUCAUAAACCAGGUGCCAGCGAACGAGGUGACGCCUGUGAGGGAGACAGCGGUGGACCAUUUGUGAUGAAGUACCCGGCUGAAAACCGCUGGUACCAGAUCGGCAUCGUGUCGUGGGGCGAGGGCUGCGACCGCGACGGGAAGUAUGGCUUCUACACCCACCUGUUCAGGAUGACCCGGUGGAUGAGGAAAGUCAUUGAAAAGACGGGAACCGACGACGACGACUAGACAGUGUUCUCCCUGUCACGCAGGACCAUGAUAAUAAAGUUUGUUCAAAUCCCGA